CUCGCUAUUUCAGGAAGUUCGUAAAGAAUAAAACCUCUGUGAAGCUCUGUUAGGGCACCGAAGCAAAAACCCUAGAAUCUUAAAACCCUAUAGCUGCCUGGAGCAGACUAAUGGCAACUUCGGUUCUCCUCCGAUCGCUGAAGCAUCAUUCCUCUUUAUCAACGCAGAGAUGCCUUGCUGGUAAUACCAAGACACUGUGGGCUUCCUCUCCGCUGAGUCAUAAAUGGGCUAGCUUGGCCAGACCAUUCAGCACCAAGCCUGCUGGGAAUGAUGUCAUUGGUAUUGACUUGGGGACAACCAACUCCUGCGUUUCUGUUAUGGAGGGAAAGAAUGCAAAAGUGAUUGAGAAUUCUGAAGGGGCUAGAACCACACCAUCAGUUGUGGCCUUCAGCCAGAAGGGUGAACUGCUUGUGGGAACUCCAGCCAAACGUCAGGCUGUGACCAAUCCAACCAACACAGUUUUUGGGACCAAACGUCUGAUAGGAAGACGUUUUGAUGAUCCACAGACACAAAAGGAAAUGAAGAUGGUUCCGUAUAAGAUAGUUAAGGCUCCUAAUGGAGAUGCAUGGGUUGAAGCCAAUGGGCAGCAGUAUUCCCCUAGUCAGAUAGGUGCAUUUGUUCUGACCAAGAUGAGAGAGACUGCUGAAUCUUAUUUGGGGAAGACUGUCUCCAAAGCCGUAAUUACUGUGCCCGCUUAUUUCAAUGAUGCUCAGAGACAGGCGACAAAGGAUGCAGGGAGAAUUGCUGGUUUAGAUGUACAAAGAAUUAUUAAUGAGCCAACUGCUGCUGCACUUUCUUAUGGGUUAAAUAACAAGGAAGGUCUUAUUGCAGUCUUUGAUCUUGGUGGUGGAACUUUCGAUGUUUCUAUACUAGAAAUCUCAAAUGGUGUUUUUGAGGUGAAAGCAACAAAUGGUGACACAUUCUUGGGUGGGGAAGAUUUUGACAACACCCUGUUGGAGUUUUUAGUGAGCGAGUUCAAAAGAACAGAGGGAAUUGAUCUCUCAAAGGAUAGGCUUGCCCUGCAGAGGCUUAGAGAAGCAGCUGAGAAGGCUAAAAUUGAGCUUUCAUCAACAUCCCAGACUGAAAUCAACUUGCCAUUCAUUACAGCCGAUGCAUCUGGUGCGAAACAUUUAAACAUCACUUUGACAAGGUCGAAGUUUGAGAGUUUGGUGAACAAUUUGAUUGAGAGGACCAGAAAUCCCUGUAAGAAUUGUUUGAAGGAUGCUGGCAUAUCUACCAAGGAAGUUGAUGAGGUUCUUCUUGUUGGGGGGAUGACCCGUGUUCCUAAAGUACAAGAAGUAGUUUCAGAGAUUUUCGGUAAGAGCCCCAGUAAAGGGGUGAAUCCUGAUGAGGCAGUUGCGAUGGGUGCUGCUAUUCAAGGCGGUAUUCUCCGUGGAGAUGUCAAGGAGCUGCUUCUUUUGGAUGUUACCCCUCUAUCCCUCGGUAUUGAGACUCUCGGUGGUAUUUUCACCAGAUUGAUAAACAGAAACACAACUAUCCCCACCAAAAAGAGCCAGGUUUUCUCAACAGCGGCAGACAAUCAGACACAGGUGGGUGUCCGGGUGCUACAAGGUGAGCGUGAAAUGGCUUCGGACAACAAGCUCCUUGGUGAGUUUGAUCUUGUAGGUGUUCCACCUGCUCCAAGAGGUGUUCCCCAGAUCGAAGUCACAUUUGACAUUGAUGCCAAUGGUAUUGUUACUGUCUCUGCAAAGGACAAGGCAACUGGGAAGGAACAACAGAUUACAAUCCGAUCAUCUGGUGGUCUCUCAGAGGAUGAGAUUGAUAAGAUGGUCAAGGAGGCUGAGAUGCAUGCCCAGAAGGACCAAGAGAGAAAAGCUUUGAUUGACAUCAAGAACAGUGCUGAUACCACCAUUUACAGCAUAGAGAAGAGCUUGGGUGAGUACCGGGAAAAGAUACCAGCAGAGAUUGCAACUGAGAUCGAGUCUGCGGUGGCAGACUUGAGAAAUGCAGCAUCUGGUGAUAACAUUGAUGAGAUCAAGUCAAAGCUUGAUGCUGCAAACAAGGCUGUCUCCAAAAUUGGUCAGCAUAUGGCUGGAUCUUCUGGAGGAUCUGGAGGGUCUCACGGUGGCGAUCAACCCCCUGAGGCAGAGUACGAGGAAGCGAAGGAGGAAGCAAAGAAGUAGACGUUAAUCUGUUUUUAGAGGGAAAAAAAAUCAUCGAUAAUGAGUUUCUGGGUGAGAAUUUGUUUACUGCAUAUGUUUCUAGAGAGAGAGGGAGCCUAGGUACCGUAGCUCUUAAAACUUGUAUUUUUUUCUGCACAAACAUUACGGCUAGUGCAGAAGAUAUUGCCUCAUAAUUUUUUUUUUGCAUUCCAAAUAUACUUUGCAGUAUCUGACUAAAGAGGCGAUCAGUUUUGUCA